AUGAUAAAGAAUGGUAAUGCGAUAGCUACGUUAAGACUUUUUAGAACAAAUCGUUUUUCUUUCAAACGAGAAUUAUCCAUCAAGCCUGGAAUUGUUACCACUAAAGGGAAGAAUAGUCGUGGUAAUGAUGGUUCGAUUAAAUUUGAGAAAAAUAUUCCUAUAUAUGGUAGACCUAAAGCAUGGGAAUUAGCUAAAGAGGAUAAAGAGACGUGGUUCAAACGUAAAUAUGCACAUGUCCAUGCUCGAAGGAAGAUGGAAAGAGCAGAAGAAGAAGGUGGGAAUAGAAAUGUUGAUCCGUAUGGUAAGAAGGAAGCGCAUUUAGAAAGAUUGAGACGAUAUUCUGAUGUUAAACGUAGUCAAUAUGAAAAUCAUAGGACUAAAUUUCAAAAGGUUAAUCCUUUAAGUGGGUUACAAAUCAAUCCAUUGAUGGAAUAUAUUUAUGGUACAAAUUGUGUUUUAAUAGCGUUGAAACAAAAUAAACGAGAAUAUUUCAAUAGAUUAUGGUAUCAUGGACGAUUAAAUGAUGAACUUAUUCAAUUAUGUAAGGAACGAGAUGUGGAAUUGAUUGAAACUGAUAAACAUCGUUUGAAUUUGUUAACGAAUUAUGCAGUACAUAAUAAUGUUGUUUUGGAGACUAAGCCAUUAGAUAUCAUGGAGAUAUCACAUUUGACAAUGUGUGAUCCUACUAUUGGGGAGUUUGGAUUCAAAGAGGUAGGAUUUGAUCGUAAUGAUUUGACUGAUCAUACGAUGAAAUAUAUUUGUAAUUUUACUGAAGGAGAAGGAGACAGGGAGGAAGUAUCAAUAAAGACAAGAAAUCGUACGAAGAAGUAUCCAUUUGGCUUGUUUUUGGAUGAAGUUGUUGAUCCGCAUAAUAUGGGGGCCAUCAUUCGAAGCGCAUACUUCCUUGGUGUAGAUUUUAUUGUUUUAACGAGGAAGAAUUGUGCCCCCUUAUCACCUGUUGUACUAAAGACAAGUAGUGGAUCUAUGGAAUGUAUGCCAAUCUUUUGUGUUGAUAAACCUUUACAAUUUUUCACAGAUUCUCAACGAGAAGGUGGUUGGGCAUUUAUUACUAGUCAUGUUAGUGAUGCUAAUGGUAAGAUUAAAGAUUUGAAAUAUAUUAAAGAUAAGAUAUUAGAUCUACAUGAUCUAAGUGGGAAAUGUUUGGAUUUCCCCAUUAUGCUUGUUAUUGGUAACGAAGGAGCAGGAGUACGAACCAAUUUACGUAUGAGAAGUGAUUUCUUUGUCGAGAUUCCCUUUGGUAGAAAGCAAGAGAUAUUGGGACCAGGCAAUAAAAUGGGACUCCCUAUUGUAGAUUCUUUGAAUGUCAGUGUGGCUACUGCCUUGUUAAUCAACAGCAUCUUGAAUUGA